AAAUAAGACUAUUAGUACGUUUCAAGUGAAUGUUCGUUUCGCAUGAUGAUCCAAGAUUUAAUGCGGAUCUCUUUCAUACACGUUUACCUUUUUUCUUCUCGAAUCAAGAAGGAAUCAACUCUCUCCCUGGCAAUGAACUUGCCAACAUGUUGCUAGUAUACUAGUGACUACGAUACUGGUCACUCCUUUAACUCUUUAUAAACUUACGGUAUCGCGAUUCUCACUGGGUUAAGUGUUUUCAUAGCCAUUUUGUGUUGAAAUAUAAAUAGAAAUAACUUAUUUUUUUAAUGUCUUAGUGAUAACUAGAUACUUUGCUAUUUUUAUAACCAAGUAUUAUUAUAUUUAUGUGAAAAUGCUCUUUAGAUUUGCAAUUUUUGUGGGACUUGGAUCCGUAGUUGCUACCAUCAUUUAUUUGACUCCAAUCCCUGAGCAAACCUUCCUAUCAUGUGAUAGACCCUGUCACCACCUUGACUGGCCCAUGAUUUGUCGAGUGAAACUCAAUUUAGAGCCUUUCUUUACUCUAAGCAAAUCAUGUGGAGACUGUCCAAUCAAUCAAACUGCUUGUUUAGCUGAUCAUUGCAUCACUGCUGAUGGCCAACAUCGAGGUGUUCUUACUGCGAAUCGACAAUUACCAGGACCUAGUAUUCAGGUCUGUGAGAAUGAUAUUCUUGUGGUGGAUGUUGUAAACAGAGUACCAGGAAAAGCAGCAGCGAUACAUUGGCGUGGGCAGAAUCAGAAAGAAACUCCUUGCAUGGAUGGAGUUCCAUUAGUAACCCAGUGCCCUAUUCCAAGUUAUACAACCUUUCAAUACAAAUUCCGAGCAUCUGUACCAGGAACUCACCUUUGGCAUUCACACUCUGGAGCUGACAUAGCAAACGGUAUCUUUGGUUCGCUAAUAGUCAGACAGGCUGAUGCGCGAGAACCGCAUCGAGCUCUUUAUGAUGUUGAUGACCCGGAUCAUGUGUUGCUUGUAUCCCAAUGGCAUCAUUCUAUUGUAACAGAAACUGGAGUACUGGCAAAUAGAAAUAAAAAACCAGCACUUUUACUAAUCAAUGGAAAAGGUCGUCAGCCUAAUGGACCAGAAGUUCCUCUGUCAACAUUUACAGUCUCUGCUGGAAAGAGAUAUAGAUUCCGAUUAGCGCAUGCUGGUGGAGCUAAUGCUUGUCCAAUUACAUUUACAAUUGAAGAUCAUCUUUUAAACUUAAUAGCUCUUGAUGGGAAUCCCGUGAAUCCAGAAAGAGUUGGAUCAAUUACAUUGUCAAGAGGAGAAAGAGUAGACUUUGUUUUAAAAGCAGAUCAAAGUGCUUCGGUUUAUCGAAUUAGUGUUAAUACUAAUAAAAAUUGUGGCUCCAGUUCAAUUUUUGGAUCUGCCUUGUUAAAAUAUACUCGAAAAGGAGAAUUGAAUUCAAAAAAAUAUUAUCAAAGUUUUUCAGGGGAAAAAUCAAGUAAUGAAGUAGAUAUGACAACAAGUCCUGUUGACAAAUGUGGUUCCCCUGAUAAUUUAUGUGUUGGAGACAUUAAAGCUCUCACAAGUUUACCUAGUCCACUUGAUAAUCCUCGAGUAGAUGUUACAAUUUAUCUACCUAUUAAUCGACGGAAACAUCUAACAGAAAACUCUGCUUUAUCGCUUGAUCUAGAGACGAAAGUAAUGAGUAUCAAGAAUGCAACGUUCACAUAUCCAUCUUCUCCAUUAUUGACUCAAGGCUCUGAUGUCCCUGAGGAAAUUCUAUGUACUGAGCAUGACACUAAAACGUCUGGACGAUGUCGUCAACUAAACGGCAUUACUUCUUGUGAAUGCGUCAAUACUCGGAGGAUUCCCUUAGGGUCUUCUGUCGAACUGAUUUUAAUAGAUCAAGCUGGACGAGAUGACCUAGUUUUUCAUCUGCAUGGUUACAGUUUUUACGUCGUAGGAGCUAGAGCAUUUGACCGAGAAAAGAGCUUUGAUGAAAUUAAAGCAAUGGAUGAACAAGGAAUAUUGUUUGCAAGAAAUCUCAUCUCACCAGUAUUGAAAGACACUAUCACAGUUCCUAAAUUUGGUGCAGUUGCUUUACGUUUCAAAGCUGAUAAUCCAGGAUACUGGAUGUUGCGUGACGAGAAUGCACUGGAGUGGACACGAGGUUUAGACGUAAUUUUGCAAGUUGGAGAACCCAGUGACAUGGUACCACCGCCCCAGGACUUCCCCAAAUGUGGAUCAUUUGUUGGACCUGAUUAUUUUCUCAUUUAGACUGAUUUUGUAAUAAUUAAUUAACAAUAAUUAUAUCAAUUAUUGUUAUUAAAUCUAUUAAGUUCAAUUACCUUUUAAACGCUGUAAAUAGUGCUUUUUGAAUACAUAUACAUUUUUAUAUUGUUUAUGUUAAUAUAAUGUUCUCGAUUUGAUAAAUAAAUUUCACAUUUUCUUUGAUUAA